GCUUCUCGCUCUCGCCCGCCCGCCUGCUGCCUUGCUUGCUCGCGCUUUCGCUCGCGCUCUCCUCGCGGAUCGUGGUGGCUCUGACCACAGCCUGCGGCUGGGAAGGGCGACCGAGGCGGCGGCUCAGGGGAAACGAGGCUGCAGUGGUGGUGGUGGUGAUAGGAAGAUGUCGGGCGAGGACGAGCAGCAGGAGCAAACUAUCGCCGAAGACCUGGUCGUGACCAAGUAUAAGAUGGGGGGCGACAUCGCCAACCGAGUCCUGCGGUCCCUGGUGGAAGCCUCCAGCUCAGGUGUGUCUGUGCUGAGCCUGUGUGAGAAAGGGGAUGCCAUGAUAAUGGAGGAGACGGGAAAAAUCUUCAAGAAAGAAAAGGAAAUGAAAAAGGGUAUCGCCUUUCCCACCAGUAUUUCCGUGAACAACUGUGUGUGUCACUUCUCGCCUUUGAAGAGUGACCAGGACUACGUUCUGAAGGAAGGAGACCUCGUAAAGAUUGACCUGGGGGUCCACGUGGACGGGUUCAUUGCCAACGUGGCGCACACUUUCGUAGUUGACGUGGCUCAGGGGACCCACGUGACCGGGCGGAAAGCGGACGUCAUAAAGGCAGCUCACCUUUGUGCCGAAGCUGCCUUACGCCUGGUCAAACCUGGGAACCAGAACACACAGGUGACGGAGGCCUGGAACAAGGUGGCCCACUCGUUUAACUGCACGCCCAUAGAAGGUAUGCUGUCACACCAAUUAAAGCAACAUGUCAUCGAUGGAGAGAAGACAAUUAUCCAGAAUCCCACAGACCAACAGAAGAAGGACCACGAGAAAGCCGAAUUCGAGGUGCAUGAGGUGUACGCUGUGGAUGUGCUCGUGAGCUCGGGAGAGGGCAAGGCCAAGGAUGCAGGGCAAAGAACCACCAUUUACAAGCGAGAUCCAUCUAAACAGUACGGCCUGAAAAUGAAAACCUCGCGUGCCUUCUUCAGUGAGGUGGAGAGGCGCUUUGAUGCCAUGCCAUUCACUUUAAGAGCUUUUGAAGAUGAAAAGAAGGCUCGCAUGGGUGUGGUGGAAUGUGCCAAACACGAGCUGCUGCAACCGUUUAAUGUUCUCUAUGAGAAGGAGGGUGAAUUCGUCGCCCAGUUUAAAUUCACAGUUCUGCUCAUGCCCAAUGGCCCCAUGAGGAUAACCAGCGGUCCCUUUGAGCCUGACCUUUACAAGUCUGAGCUGGAGGUGCAGGAUGCAGAGCUGAAGGCCCUCCUCCAGAGUUCUGCAAGUCGGAAAACCCAGAAAAAGAAGAAAAAGAAGGCCUCCAAGACCGCAGAGAAUGCCACCAGUGGGGAAACCUUAGAGGAGAAUGAAACUGGGGACUGAGGACCGCCCGCAGAGCAGGGUCUCCCUGCCCCACCCUAGCCCCCACCCUGCCCCUUCAAACAACCACCGGCUCCGACUGACUGGUCUCAGGGGGGGUCCAGGCUUCCCAGCCGCCGAAGACUACUUUAAAUAGGAAAAAGAAAUUGGAUAAUAAAAUCAGGAGUCAAAAUCCACCGUCUUCAAGCCCCUCUUUCUAGCCUUUUCUACUACUCUCUGGUCAAAGUCUAUGGUCCUGCAACAGACAGAACAGGGAGGAGGCUGAAUCAGCCACCAUCAUUAUAAACUCAGCUCCAGUUUUUUUUAUAUCACUCCAAUGGCAGCAUCUUCCCAUCUGUUUGGGGCUUGUCUCUUUAUUUUUCCACUUUACCCUACUGUUUUAUCUGGGCUCAAAAUGAAGAGGAGCUGUGCUUCCAAUUUGUAUUGACAUGAUGGCAGCAUCCUCGGCAGGCCCCACCCAGUUUCUGGGGCUGCUGCCCGCCAUUUCUGGAGAUUCUCAUCCACUGACUGGAUCCUCACCCGUGAAUCCAUUAGUCACUGGUUCUGCAGGCUUUCCAUUUCCACAAGGCUGUACAGAGUAACCCAUCUCCACCUUGGCCUUUCCUGUCCACAUCACCCCCACACACCUCAGCCGGAAGCACAGCUCUGAUUUGUUCCCUGUCUGAUAACUCUGACCUCCUUCCCUUGAGACAAAAGCCAGAGGAGUAGACUGGAGAGAGAACGCCUGGCUCUGCGGCUUUGGACUCGGACGACUUGCUGGGGAUUGUAGGGAAAGGCAACGCAUCACAGUACCUCUGGCAUGCUGUCCCGGGGGCUAGGGCUCCCAGGAACUUAGGAGGUUUUUAAACACAUUGAAAAGUGACAUGGCAUUCAAAUAAAUUUGAAUUUGCUCAUAA